UGCUUAUUAUUUGAGUAUAGAUAGCGUCAUAAAAGAUGCAUCAUAUCAUACAUGUUAGUCGAAAAUUUGGCAAAAAGAGUCUUAAUUUGUAGCAUGGAUUGUGUGCCAAAAAUGCCAACCCUAGCUCCUUAGAUAAUAAAUCUGCAUUCCCAUUUCUCCAAACAGCACCAGUUGCAACAACAAUGUCGAUGAAGAAGGCAGCUCGUUUUCUCCUCCACCAAAGCCUAAUCCUUCUAUGCAUCCUUCACUCAAUCUGCGCAAACCCGGCUUAUGUUAAUUACGUGAGCAAAUCCUGCAAAACGACGCAGUAUCCCAAAUUGUGCAUCAAGACUCUCUCAAAGCACGCGGGGGAGAUCAAGAGCAGCCCCAAACGCCUCGCCGUGACGGCCCUCGUUUCCACCUUCAACGCCACGCAGACGACGUCGAAGGUGCUGCGAGAGCUGCCGGGGGGAGGCCCGGUGGUGAGCGAGUGCGUGGAGGUGGUGAGCGACGCCGUGUAUGAGCUACGCAGGUCGCUCAAACGGCUGAAUCAGUCGCGAAAAGGGACUCAAUUCUCUCUCCAAAUCAAUGAUGUGCAAACAUGGGUUAGCGCAGCCUUGACCGAUGAUGAUACUUGCUUGGAUGAUUUCACGGCCAAAGGUAGAUCCAGAAUAUUGGCGCGAGGAUUUGUUCUCACGGUUGCGCGUUUGACGAGUAUUGCUCUAACCUUCAUCAAUAAGUAUGCAAAUAUAUAAAUGUAGUAUUUGUUUUGUAUUGGGGUGCAUGGAUUAAUUAUGUAUUUGUAUUUACCAAAUUACUCGAUUUAUGAUACAAGCAUUACCAGAUUA